AUGGCUCUUGAUCCAUCCUCACCCAUCGAGGUCCAUGGGCGGAAAUACGCUCUUCCCAAGUGUCCUACCGUGGUAGUGUGCGUGGACGGCUUCGACCCAGAAUACCUAGACCAGGGGAUCUCGGACGGGAUCCUGCCCAACAUGGGACGAUUCGUGCAAACCGAGAGUUUCGCAGUGACAGCGAAAUGCGCCAUGCCGUCAUUCACAAAUCCGAACAACCUGUCCAUCAUCACGGGUGCCCCAACUGCCGCGCACGGCAUCGCGGGGAAUUUCUUCCUCGACAAGGAAACCAAGCAGGAGUUCAUGUGCCUGGAUGACUCGCUGCUGCGGGGCACCACGAUCCUCAAGGAACUGAGUGAGCGCGGGGUGCGCGUCGCGGCCGUGACGGCCAAGGACAAGCUGCGGAAGAUCAUCGGGCACGGCCUGAAGGCCGCGAACGGCGCGAUCUGUUUCUCGUCGGAGAAGGCCAGCGCCUGCAGCGUGGCGGAACACGGCGUCGGCGACGUCGAAGCGUGGAUCGGCCGGCCCACGCCCUCGCAAUACUCGGGCGACCUGUCGCUGUUCGUGCUCGACGCGGGCGUCAAGAUCCUCGAGGAGCAGCGCGCGGAUUUCCUCUACCUGACGCUCUCCGACUUCGUGCAGCACCACCACGCGCCGGGCUCGCGCGAGGCGAAUGAUUUCUACGACGCGCUCGACGUCCGCAUCGGCAGACUCGCCGACCUUGGUGCCCUCGUUGCCAUCACAGGCGACCACGGCAUGAGCGACAAAGCCGACGUGCACGGUCAGCCCAACAUCCUCUUCCUGCAGGACCGCCUGGAAGAGAAAUGGGGCAAAGGAUCCGCGCGCAUCAUAUGCCCCAUCACCGACCCGUUCGUCAAGCACCACGGCGCACUGGGCUCGUUUGUGCGCGUGCACCUGGAAGACAGCACGCAGGCCAACGACGUGUUGAGGUUCUGCCAGGGCCUGGCAGAGGUCGAGAUCGCGCUACUCGGACACGUUGCCGCGGAGACAUUUGAGAUGCCGCUUGAUCGCGAGGCGGAUCUUGUCGUGAUUGCCAAAAAGAAUGCGGUGAUCGGGAGUACGGCCGCCGAGCAUGACUUGUCGUCUAUUUCGGGUCACCGGCUGCGCUCACAUGGUGGAUUGUCAGAGCAGGCGAUCCCGUUGAUUUUGUCGGGGCCGGUGAAGAAUAAGGAUUUGCCCACUGAUGGUUGGCGGAACUUCGAUGCUUUUCAUCUCGUCCUCAAUGAGGCGGCGUAA